AAAAGCUUCUGUUUUUCAGCUAUGCACGCUAGGUGGCAGCAAAAAUCAGGUCAAAAUAGACAAUCCCGCUUUUUAGUCUAAGACAAUUUUGAUUGGUGCAACCCCGUACGCUGUGGAACAUCGACGCGCACCUACAGUACGCAUCAAAACAGCCGUUCAUCCACAUGAGAGCGGUAAGAGCGGGCUGCAAGCCAAAUAGUGAAAAACUGCUAGCUCUAUCCUUUUGGGCUUGGAUAGCCACUAUUUACUGAUAAAGUAAUACUUUCCUAUUGGAAAGAAAUUGUGCUCCCCGUUGUAAGAAAAUGGCUCGUCGAGAGACGGAUGAUAAUAUUGAGGCUUGGCUCUCGCAAAAUCAAAAUGACAGCAGACAGCUGUUGUAUUCGGACGAACAUUUGGUGCGGCCUUCAACUAAUAGCCAAUCGGGCGUCCAAAACAAUCAAAGCAGCACUCCUGAGAAUCUCGCAAGGGUGUCCGAUCAGAGCCGAAAUUUGUACUUGGACUUUUUGCAGAGGCAAAUCAGAGAAGAUGAGCAACAACGCAGUUUGAAUACGUCCGGUUACAGUUACGACCCUUCUGACUCCGACCUGAGUAACCUUCUGCGCAGGUUUGCACAGUCCGAAGAGCGUCAAAUCAUUCGCCAACAAGCUAAUGAAGUGCCUCUUGACUCCGUCUCAGUCGAAAAUUUCACUGAGCUGCUAUCAGGAUUAUUUGGGGAGGACGGUAUAGUAACCUAUGAACGGGUGCUGGUGCUGUUUUACUUCUGUUUCGAGUUGUGCGUUCGCGCCAUCCGAGAGUAUUCUUCUCGCUACUUCCACACAGUUAUGGAUGUCUGUUUGCGUUUUGUUACUGGAUCUUUGUCAAUUUGGGUCUGCGCACAAGGAGGCUGGAACGCCAUCUGUAACACUGUUCAACACAGUUCGUUUGGGGCCUUCCUACUUGGUGCUGUUGUGGCUUCUGCUGUUGGCUUCCUUGUUUGGGGAAAGCAUCCGCGCCUCCCAUAAUCAAUCACUAACAUCUAAUUGAUUCGUGAUUUUAUGUAAAAACAGUUGACUGUUUAGUCAUCGUGCUGCAAGUAUAAUAUUAUACAUAUUUGUCUGAUAAGAAUUCCUGUUGUCAAUUUGAUUGACUCUUUAAGUGGGGCGUAAUUAAACUUGUAAAAAACUAAGUACAUCGACAUUCCUCGAAUCAAUAACAUUUUCUUUAAAUGUGGUGCACUUUGAUAAAAUACGACGUACUAUAUCUGCUAACAACAGCAUUCUUGGGAUCAAUCAAAUUGCUUUCAUCUUAAUUUAGUGUACUUAAGUUGCAGAAAAAAUGACAAUUGUACACAAAAAAUUGUUCCUGGUAUCACAAGCACCUUUGUAUGAAUGUGUGUUAUCAAUUUGCUCUCAAUUCGCCAAUGUGCUAUUUGUAGAUUUGUACAUGGUAUUGAAAAUGAUUUCCUGAAUAUGCAAUUCAUUCCUCUUGAGCUUGUAUAGCCAUUUUUUGAUUAAACUGCAAUAAUUAUGAUCUAUAAUUUUUUAAAAGAUAGGAACUGAUUCUAAAAAGAACUGGUACUAUUUCGAUGGAAAGGUUACAAAUGAAAAUAAUACUCAGUCGACCCAUACUUGAAGAGUGUAAAACUUGUUUUAAGUGCCUAAAAAUAAGAAAAAGCAACAUUUGAUUAAAAAUGACUCUGCAACUAUCACUCUUUCAAUAAAUUAUAUUUUUCUGUUUCUUCACAUUUUUGGACAUGCUUAAACAGGAAUCCUUUUGAAUAAAUACAUAGUACUUUUGAGUUCUAGAUCUCAUAGAAAUUUUUGCAAAGCCGCUCUGAUUUUUGUGUUUUUUUAACCACCUGAUUUAGAAGGCCUGAUGGAAUAAAUAAGAAAAGACAAGCAAAAUUUACAUGAUUUACCAUUCUGUUCCUAUUUUGGCCAGUUAAACACCAAAAUUAUCGUAGCUUACAGAAUUUCUAGUCGUUGCCUAAUUGUAACCCUUGCAUAUUUUAAACUUAAAAAUUUGGAUGUAUCUUAAUUUUGGGACCAACUGCUGAAACCAUCUUAUCAUAAAUAUUUGUACUGUUUUACAAAUAUUUUAAAAAAUAAAUUAUAUCCUCCCAUGAAAAACCACAAAGUGUUUUAGAGACCCCUUCUUCUGCUCCUUAAAGUUUUAAUUAAGUUAAAAAUGUAGCUUUGUACAGACGUAUUUACUACGCAA